AUGAUUGAAAAGUUCCCUCAUCCGUUAUCAGCUGCAUAUGCUCGUGCUUACAUCUGUAAGACAGCAAUGAUUUUGGACCCAGCAGAUCGAGGUCCACAUUGGAAAGCGCUAAAUGACUUGCUGCAGUCUUCUAAGCCACCGACCGAAUCUGUUACUCCUGCUCUGGAAUGGAUUGUCCAGUGCGUCUCGUAUGGUGCUGCAACAAUCGAAGAUCUGGGACCGCUGUGGGAGUAUUGCAGAAAGCCUGAAAAACACAGUUCACUUAUUCAUGCUUUUGUAAUUGGAGUAUCUCUCAAGUACCUCUUAAAUCACUGUGCUGAAUUCUGCGAACUUAUCGUCACUCAGUCCCUUCCUCCCGCAGAUCUGGAAACUUUUGGGUCUCGAUUGCUACAGGGCCAGCUAGAAGAUGGUGUACCACCGAAAGUUCUGAGUUUGGUGUGGCCAUACAUUUCACGCUUCGAAAAGGAAGAUUACAUGAAGUGUGGGGCGAUAUGGAGUAAGUUCAUCAGUCGGUAUUUCACACUGGCAGAACUUUCUGAUCUUUGUGAGGUUACACUGCAAAAGUUGUCCACUAUCAAAGAUCCGACCGAAUAUUUUCGAACGCAUAUCAACAAUGGUCGAAAAUAUGUUAGAAUAUGGAGGCAACGAUUUCCCAUCUCUUCUGAAACAGAAAUCAUUUGUCGUUAUUCUGGACUACGUAAGUUUAGAGAUGAACCAUAUGGAUCUCGAUGUGCCAAAGCUUCUCUCACCGCCGUCAUAAGGGUGUUUGAAGUCGGAAGCGUUGCGGAUAUGGAGAUCAUAGACCAUAUUGUCGAGCAAUGCGGCCACCUGUGCCAGUCAAUCACACCAGAGACCAUCAGUGACGAGAUACGCGUGAUAGAUCGCCUGGUGUCGUCAGCGUUAGAUCGCAUAUGGCUACCGAAAGAACCAGAAAGUUACAUGGAUAUCCUCUGUGAUGCACGCUCACUUCUCUACCAGAGCGAUGGUUGCAUGGCGCAUAUAGUGAUGCUAUUUAUAUCGUUCGGCUUUCGAUUUUAUGCGGCUUAUCCGGAAUCCCCCAAAAAGGACGACUUUAUGAAGGCUAUUCUUGCUAAUUUGUACAUCACAAUACCAUCGAUCAUCGAUCCCGUAAAGCAAUUUCAGCUUUCACUCCGUGCUAUAUAUGUGUGUCUGCUAGCUAAUUCUUUGCCUAAGAUAGAACAGCAGGUUAAAUUCACCUUGGAAACUCUCGAUUCACUUACAGUGCCGUCAACUCAGUUCAUAGAAUUGCUCACCCAUCUUCUUUCUGUACUUGUUUUUGUUCCGGAUAUUCCAAAGAAGCCUAUGCUGCACAUGUUUAACGCGGUUAUCAAUCUUAUCGAAAGGAGGAAAUGGCCUGCCGCUCACGAGACGCUUCACGGUGAUGCAUGGAUUUUGUGUUUACACUACCUCUGGGCAGUGUCUCGGCCAAGCUUCCGGAUGAGAUUCGGCGACGUCGAUUCGAAUGAUCUGUAUUACGGGUCGAGUGAAACGUAUCUGUAA